AUGGCUGUACACAAGACGCUGGUUCAGGUCCUCGUGGCUUCAGCCGCAAUGGCUAGUGUUGGCACCGCUCAUGCCAUCGCCGUCCCUGCCGGCCAGCUAGAUGCCCGCACAUAUCCGACUCCCACGUGUGACCCAAGCCAAACAGUAACACAGACGGAGACCAAGACAGUCACCUCGUGGAAGGCCCUGUUGACGAUUACUCUGGGUGGAGGCACCAAUACGGAGACCAAGACUGAGAUCUGCACCGUCACCGACACGGAGACGGUCACCCAGACAGAAACCUCUACCUCUACCACCACCGUCACUCCGACAAUCACACCCCCAAGCUGCCCGACGCAGUGUCCGCCUCCUCCGUCGUGCAACAACCUUGGGUUUGACUGGGCGUACUACAAUAACUCGGCUCGUAACACCGACACAACAUACUCUACCUUCCACCCAGACUCCUACAAGAAGACAGCCCCCAUCUAUGUCGGCACCACUUCAUAUGUCGGCGGUCUUUAUGAGGGCUCUGGGACAACUGGCCCCAUCUACGAUUCCAGCCGAAACUUUCCUCUCGAUUUCUUUGCCCUGAACCACCACGCCUACAUCUACGCCUGCGAGGCCGGCACAUAUAGCAUCUCCAUCCCCUAUGCAAACGACGCCGUCUACCUAUGGACCGGUGCGAGCGCCUACUCUGGCUGGACGGAUAAUAACGCGGUCGCCAAAGCACGUUACAAUCAACCAGACCACAUCGCCGGCCGUGCUAGCUUUAAUCUCGACAUUCCGGCUAAUUCGUACGUGCCCAUCCGCUUCUUCUAUGGACAGGCGCAGUACGGCGGAGGCUUCAACUUUAACAUUACGACCCCGAGCGGACAAGUCAUUGUCAGCAACGAGGAAACGUUUAGCCCGUAUGUCGUGCGGUAUUCGUGUGAUGGAACUACGGCGCCUCCGUUUCCGGCAUUUGGAAAGGAGACUUGA